GUUUCAAACUGACACCAACUGGGCCAACGCUCACCAUAAAGAACAACGUGUUUCAGGAAGAAGUUGGCGCCUGAAGCCUCGUAUUCGUUUAGCUAGCACACUAGCCGAAACUAUGAAAGAUAUUCCGUUAUAUUAAAUUUUCUUCCCAGCGUUGUAAAAGCGUUUCAAAAUGAACGACAUGGAAUUCAGCGUCCCCCUGUCCUCUUUGGCUCUCCUGGUCCCUCCACUCCGACUGAUGUCUGCAGUGAUGUGGGAAGUGGUGCGCCAGAGGAACAUAAAGCACUAUGGGAAACUGGAGGAGUUUGUGUCCAUGGUAACAGAUGCAGUUCCUGAACUGAUGAGUAAAAGAGAAGGGCGACUGCUCUCUCUGGGCCUGAGGGCAAGGACAACUCUGGAGCUGUUGCGUUCUGAACACCCUGAAGAUCUCAAGGCUGUAGAGUCCCACCUGAACCGAAUCCGAUCUUCUUGCAUCGAGGAGACAAAUGAUCCAGUAAUUGAAGCACCGGAGGCAAACUUUAUGAAGCUGGUUCAAGGCCUCAUUGAAGACACCGAUGGCAGAGAACACUUUCUCAAGAAUGUGUUCCCUGUAGAGUAUGGCCCUGACUUUGACACAGCACUUGAGACUCUAGUUUGUGAAUUCUUCACAAGACUAGAGGAGCUGCUGCCAAUUCCAGACUUUAAACAGACUGCAUCCUGGAUCAGUGCUGCCCCCUCUGUCCUAGAGGAGUACAUGCAGUGUGUCUCGAACGGAGAUGACCUCAAAUUCCUUCUCCAGAGCAAACAGUGCCAUGGGAAAUUGGCAAAGAGCAGCAUUGCCCCGUUUCAGUCGGACGAUCUUCUGAUUCCCUCUCUGUCUCUCCCUCCUUCUCUGGAAGUGGCCAUCGCUUCUCACCCAAGUGCUUGUGAUGAUGACAACAACGACGUCCCUCAAAUUGUCAUGUUCGAUGAAGAACUGUCCACGAACCCCUCCACUUCAACAGACUUCCCUGAAUCGCCCAAAAGGACUGACAUCAACUCAUCUCCUCGCAGGAGGCUGCAGUCAGGAAUCCAUAAAUGCCCUGAGUGUGAUAAAUGUUUUAAGCAUCACUCUGUCCUCAUUGAGCACCAGAGAGUCCACAGCGGACUGCAGCCCUACAACUGCUCUGAGUGUGGGAGGGCUUUCAGAACAGCCACUCUGCUGGCAGGUCACAGGCUGCGGAAAUGCAAAAAUGCUGCAUAUCUGUGUAUUAAAUGUGGAAACAGUUUUCCAACCUCAUUGGACAAGUUCAGACACCACUGCCCAAAACGAGGGCGCAACUAUGACUGUGGACACUGCGGAAAGAGGUUUCCAAAGUCCAGCAGCCUGAAAGAACACCUGUUAACUCAUGUUCAAAGCCGCCUUUUCAAAUGCAGCCACUGCGGAGUCGGUUUCUCAGGAAUUGGUGACCUGAAAUAUCAUCAACAAGUCGAUCAUGAUAAACCUUAUCAGUGUAAGCAAUGUGGAAAGAGCUUCAUCUCCUCAAAGAGUCUGACCAAACAUCAGCAGCGGCAUGAGGAGGUUGGUGAAAUGGAAGCCGCAAAAUUAAUGAUUGGAGGUAAACAUAGAAAAAGUGGUUCAGCUCAUCGGACUUCCUCUUUAUCUCUGCCGUCCAGGAAAACGGGUAUCAAAGGUGUUUAUCCGCGAGGACGAGUCACCCACAACUGUCCGCUGUGUGGAAGGAGCUUCAAGUAUCGCUUCGAGUUCCUCGAACACCAGCGAUUCCACACAGCAGUGAAGCCUUACAAAUGCUCUCAGUGUGGUAAAGCCUUCCGCACUGAGGCUCACUUGUCAGGACACAGGAAGAGAAAGUGUAAAAACGCCGCCCACAUCUGCACCAAGUGUGGCUGUCAGUUCAGAUCUCUGCACGAACGCGUCCGACACCAGUGUGUGCAGCUGCUGACAAAAUACGAGUGUUCUCAUUGCGGAAAGACCUUCAAGAUGGCUCAUCUGCUGAGGAACCACCAGCUGAGCGAACAUCAGCUUCCCUACAGCCCUAACCAUCGCUUCAGGUGCAGAUACUGUGACGAGACCUUCCCCGGCAUCAGUGAGCUAAAGUACCAUCAAAGGGUCGACCACGAGAAACCCUACCAGUGUCAGGAAUGUGGCAAGUGUUUUCUGUCUGAAAAAUGUCUGGCCAACCACGAGCUGCGGCACAAUGAUGACAGACCAGAGAGCUGCAUGGUCUGCGGCCGCGGCUUCAGAAACCGAUACGAUUUGAAGCAGCACAUGCGCACUCACACGGGAGAGCGACCUUACCAGUGCACCCACUGCUCCCAGUGCUUCUCCACAGCAGGAGGACUCAGGAGUCACACCAGGGUUCACACAGGAGAGAAGCCACAUGUUUGCCCAGACUGCGGAAAGGCUUUCUCCCAGAUGGGUGCGAUGCGAACCCACAGGCUCACCCAUACAGGAGAACGGCCGUUCAAGUGCACAGUGUGCGGUAAAGGGUUUACAAUGGCACACAAAGUGACAGUUCACAUGCGUGUGCACACAGGAGAGAGGCCAUACGUGUGCUCUCAGUGUGGGAAAGCCUUCUCAGAUGGAAGUGUGUUGAAGCAGCACAUGCUAAACCACUCAGGGGUGAGACCAUACCACUGCCAGAUCUGUCCUAAGACCUACACCUGUCUGAACCACCUGAGGAGACACCUAAAGAGCCACACGAACAUGAACUGAGUCAGGCAUGAAGACAAACUGGAGCAGAAGCUAAUAACAUUUUAGACAUAGACUGAAACACCUUAUUGGCUACUAAAAUUUUAGAGGACCAACUAAACUUAGCAAUACAGAAUAUAGCGUGAAAGUGUAUGGUUACUGUUGAGACUGAGGUGAUGAGAUGAAUUUGCUCUACGUUGUGAAGUAAAUGUAACAAUAACAUCUGUUUGUCAAGGACUAUGACAACCAGCACAAACAAAUGGUUCUUCUCCCUCAUUCCUCACCAAACUUUGAGUGUUUUUUUUCUUGUACAAUUUCUUAUGCAUGAACUCACUGGAUGUUAUGGUGGACAUUGUUUUACAGAGCUCUGUAUGGUUCACAGAGGAGAAUAUUUAUCUAAACUACCUUUGCAGUCUCCUAGUGAGCUUUGCAUUUUUUUUGAAUGUGUCCAUAGAUUUAUAUAGAAAGGCUGAGCUGUAUUAUAAUAAAUCAGAAAGGUGCUUGUUGGGACCUCUGCAGGAGUCAGUGCCACCUAAGCUGGGACUGCUCAAGCACAAGUGUCUUCUGUUGCGGUUGUGACGAUAACCAGGGGAGCACUGCUGCAGUGGCUGAUUAAAACCGACUAGAAGGGAUUACGACUGUAGCCAUGGGUGUACUUGAGUUGUUAAGACACAGGGUGCGACACAGUAGUUUAUAAUUGGGCGAGUAUUAACUAAGUUGUGUGUGUGGUGAGGGUUGUAUUGAAGCUGCAGAAUCGGUAACACAUCUGACAAAAGCACAGCAGGCUCAAAUUCUGUGUGCCUUAACAAGAAUUUAUUGGCUGAUAUUAGACACUUUUUGCCUUGUUAACAUGCCCUUAUGGUGCUUUUUAAAAAGAAUAGAUAUACAGGGUUAUUCAAAAAGAAUGUACUGGUUUCAUUGUGCAAUAUUUUAAUAAGGAAAAGCAAUAGAAAACUCCAGGCAAGUCACAAGUAUUCGACUCACAAUCAACUUUAAUUUCCUGUCUUAUAAGUGUUCAAUGUGGCCACUACCUGCAGCGCGGGCAGCAUAAGUGUGAUAAGAGAAUUCGUGAGUAGAAUACUUGUGACUUGGUUGGAGUUUUCUGUUGCUUUUCCUGAUUAAAAUAUUGUGUAAUGAAAACGGUUCAUUCUUUUUGAAUACCCCUGUAUAUUCUGGGACCACAUUGUGGGCAGUCAGUGCCACGGCUGAGCAUUUCCUUAUUGAACCUGCAGAUGAAAGUCUCAAAGACACAGAUUCAGACAUCAGGACUUGCAUAUGUAACACACUGAAAGAACCAAUCCUGUUGGCUUGUAGAGCAGAACUUUUAGUAUUGGAUUCCAGCAUGUGCGGUGGAAUUACAUUAAUAUUACAUGUUGCCAUUCUGUUCUGUAGAGAGUGAGACAUGGACUUCAUAGAUCCAUGUCUUCUAGGUCAUUUUAAGGCAGUUAGAAGCUAUUUUAAUGGGGGAAAAAAAUCUGAAAAUGUAACUUUAACACAGUUUUUUUGACAUUUAUUUACAGACAAGAGGGGCUAGUUAGACUGUAGUUGUCGUCCAAACAGUAGCCAUAUCCAGCAGUAACUGUUCUUACUGUCAGCCUCUGGAUACUAUCACAGCUCAGCCUUUUGGUAAUAAACAAUAAAUGCAUCAUGUGAACUGUCACAUCUUCCCUCUUUUCUGUAGCAUCUGGAAAUCUUAUCCCUAAACUGGUAGCGUAAUCUAACUAGUCUGGACCAGAGCUCUAACUCGUCAUGGAGACUGAGUGAAUGCAAAUGUAGUCAAGAAGUUUUUCCUCUGUGACUCAUAGCGACCUCUGUAUUAUUUAAAAGACAUACUGUAUGUUCAGAAACUGUAAUAUUGGUGAAAAUAUAUUUUUUUGGAAAGUAACAGAAGUGAAGUCUCUGUAAAUAAGCUGGAUGACGAAUAUUGUGAGAAGUUAAAAAGCUUGAUGGCAUUUAUUUCAACAUGAUACUUACUUUAUUCCUUUAGACCUUUUCUAUCCUCACUGUGGUUUGCGAGAUUUGUGAGUUUCAAAUUAAAUCACCUUGGUUACUCUUCA